UCAAGUUGUCCUCUGAUUUAGGCCUCACAGGCCUUGAAGCCACUGUGGUUGAAGAACUUCCUAAGAGCAUAUGGCUCUUGACAGCAUGUGGGAACCACAGGCAGCAAAGACAGGGGAUGGGCUUGCCAAGAAAGCAGAUGACCACGCCUCCCCGCAGACUCAGGCCUUCCAGACCAUCUCCAUCAAGGAUGGCCCUGCCAGGCAGGCAGUGCAGGUUGGCUGUAACAGUGCAGGACCAAAAGAGUCUGUCAGAUCAACAGAUCCCAAAGAGUGGCCCAAGCUGAUGGAAACUAAAGCAGUGGUCGUGGACCUUGGCACUGGUUACUGUAAAUGUGGUUUUGCUGGCCUGCCGAGGCCCAGCCACAAGAUCUCAACCACAGUGGGUAAACCCUACACGGAGACUGCCAAAACUGGGACUAACCACAAGGAGACAUUCGUGGGGCAGGAGCUCCUCAACCCACAGGUUUGUCUCAAACUAGUUAAUCCUCUGCAACAUGGAAUCAUCGUGGACUGGGAUACAGUGCAGGAUAUCUGGGAAUAUCUGUUCCGACAAGAGAUGAAGAUUGCCCCAGAGGAGCAUGCAGUCUUGGUUUCAGACCCACCCCUGAGCCCAAACACCAACAGAGAGAAGUAUGCCGAGAUGCUGUUCGAAAGCUUCAGCACGCCUGCCAUGCACAUCGCCUACCAGUCCCGCCUGUCCAUGUACUCCUACGGAAGGACCUCCGGGCUGGUGGUGGAGGUAGGCCACGGUGUGUCCUACGUGGUCCCCAUCUUUGAGGGUUACCCACUGCCCAGCAUCACAGGAAGGCUGGACUACGCAGGCUCCGACCUGACUGUCUAUCUGAUGAGCCUGCUGAACAAUGCAGGACAACACUUCACUGAGGACCAGAUGAGCACUGUGGAGGACAUCAAGCAGAAAUGCUGCUUUGUGGCAAUGGACCCCAUUGAAGAAAAGAAAGUCCCUCCCAGUGAGCUUGACAUCCAGUAUACUCUGCCUGAUGGAAAGGAGAUCUGCCUGUGCCAGGAAAGGUUCCUCUGCUCCGAAAUGUUCUUCAAACCAUCUCUAAUCAAGUCCAUGCAGCUGGGCCUCCACACCCAGACAAUGUCCUGCCUCAACAAGUGUGACAUCGCCCUCAAACGGAACCUCAUGGGGAACAUCCUGCUCUGUGGCGGCAGCACUAUGCUCAGAGGUUUCCCCAACCGUCUGCAGAAGGAGCUGAGCAGCAUGUGUCCCAAUGACACCCCGAAUGUAAAUGUGCUGCCCGAGAGAGACACUGCGGUGUGGACUGGCGGCUCUAUCCUGGCCUCAUUACAAGGUUUCCAGCCACUGUGGGUACACCGCUCUGAGUAUAAGGAACACGGGCCUUACUUUCUCUUCAGAAGGUGCUUCUGACUCAUGAGGCAUGGCUGCUAUGGUGGGAGCUCAUCAGCUUUGCUAGCUGGGUGCCCCAUCUUCUACACAGGGAGUUGAGCUUCACCUUUCUUCCUGUAGCAUUAAACACCCUGCCUUUGCCCCUCCAUGCUGUGUCUAUUGCUGAC